UCCGUUUCUAUGGCGGAUCCGUGGGCUGCUUCACUCACGGCGUCUUUAUUUAAUGUCAAUAAAACACAAAUACUGUCAUUUACACCUAUUUCACUGAUUUAAUUUCGGUUUCACCAGCUUUGGAGCGCCAGUCAUGGCGUCUCUGUCAGAGGAGGUGUUGUUGGUGGUGAAGAGGGUUCGUCAGAGGAAACAGGAUGGGAAUCUGUACCUGAUGGCCGAGCGUAUCGCCUGGGGUCCGGAAGGGAAGGACCGCUUCACUGUCAGCCAUCUGUAUGCCGACAUCCGCUGUCAGAAGAUCAGUCCAGAUGGUAAGGCAAAGAUCCAGCUGCAGUUGGUUCUGCACACAGGAGAAAGCACCAACUUUCAUUUCGCCAAUGAGAGCACUGCACUGAAGGACAGAGAUGCCACCAAAGAACUCCUACAGCAACUGCUGCCCAAAUUCAAGAAGAAGGCCAAUAAAGAGCUGGAGGAGAAGAACAGGAUGUUGCAGGAAGACCCUGUUCUGUUCCAGCUCUAUAAAGACUUGGUCGUGAGUCAGGUCAUCAGCGCCGAGGAGUUCUGGGCCAAUCGGGUGAGCCUGAAUUCUGUUGACCACGCCCUCUCCAACAACAACAACAAACAGGAAGUGGGCAUCUCAGCUGCUUUUCUGGCUGACAUCAGACCACAGACAGACGGCUGUAACGGCCUGCGGUACAACCUGACCUCUGACAUCAUCGAGUCCAUCUUCAGAACCUACCCCACAGUCAAGCAGAAAUACGCAGAGAACGUUCCUCACAACAUGACGGAGAAGGAAUUCUGGACACGGUUCUUUCAGUCUCAUUACUUCCACAGAGAUCGAAUCAACACGGGACAGCAGGACAUCUUCGCAGAGUGUGCCAAACAGGACGAGAAGGGCCAGAUGUCGAUGGUGUCUCAGGGAGUGAAGAACCCAAUGUUGGAUCUGCUCUCCCUCGAGGAUAAAACAUUAGACGAGGGUUAUGGCACAGUGACGGUUCCCUCCUCAUCAAACUCAUCAAACAAAACAUUGAGAGAGAACAGUAACUGUGCCAUCAUCAAACGCUUCAACCAUCACAGCGCUAUGGUGCUGGCGGCCGGACUGCGCAAAGUGGAAGCCUCCUGUGAUCAGACCAGUGAAACUAGCAGCACUGAUGGAAACUCCAGAGAUUCAGAUUUCUUUCAGCCACCACUCAAAAAGGUGAAAUUACAGGAAGCCAUGGAAUAUGAUGACUUGCAGAGUGACACUGGCUGUAAAACCAUUGCUUUGAACCUGAAGAAGUCUGACAGAUACUCCCACGGGCCAGUACCUCUGCAGUUACAGAAUUACACCACCAGUCAGGACAUUAUAACCUCCAUCAGUAUUAUCCAAAAUGAGAUGAAGAACUAUAAACCCUGUCUGACAAAGGUGAUGUCUAGCAGUGCGGCGGGCUCCGCCAUCACAGAGCUGUCACCUGGCGGGGUUCUGAUGCAGGGUGGAGGCCAACAGACCAUUAACCAGUUAGUGCCCACUGAUGUUCAGAGUGAACUGAAGCACUUAUAUACAGCCGCUGGAGAGCUGCUCCGACACUUCUGGUCCUGUUUCCCCAUCAACACUCCCUUCCUGGAGGAAAAGGUAGUUAAGAUGAAAUCUAACCUGGAUCGAUUCCAGGUGACUAAGCUCCGCCCCUUUCAAGAGAAGCUCCAACGGCAGUAUUUGAGCAUUAAUCUAACGGGGCAUCUUGAGGAAAUGCUGCAGUCUGCAUACAACAAGUUCCAAGCCUGGCAAACCCGUCGAAUGAUGCGAAAAACAUGAUGAGAUCGUGGGAAAGCGAGUGCUUUAAAAGAGAGAAAAGACUCUGUAUAAAAUUAAAAGAGAGAGCAUAUCAGACACAUGCCUAGCUUAGGCCAAAUCAGGGUGACCAAGUUGGGUGAAUUUUCCAGCCAAUCAGAGCUGGAGGUGCUAGUGGGCGUGUCCUUGUGGGAGGAGCUUGGAAAGGGCAAUGCUGUCAUCUUAUUGGUCCAGGUGGAGAUGAACAGCGUCAGUCACAUAUAACUGUAGUUAUUUACUUCUCUCUUCGCUUUUGUUUGUUCCGUUAUGUUUCUUUUUUGCCUUUCCCGUUCUUUCAGUGGAUUAAUUGCACUUCCUAGGAAAGAUGUGAAAUUUUAACAGUGUUGUAUUUCUACAAAGACCAAACGGCCGUAAUAAUAUAGGUGGAAGGUUUCUCAGGAACAUAUAAUGUUUAAUGCAAAGGACUCGGUUCUAAGGAAAAGCUUUUAAGUCGACAAUGAGGAGGAAUCAUUACAAAUCAGAUAUUGCAAUCCAGUUCCACUCUCUCGAGACUUGACGCUGAUUGGAGGUCAGUUGCUCAAGACAUGCCAACGGGAGGGAAUAUAGCAAUACUGUAACAAAUAUAUCUUUGUAGUGCAUUAAUUAAUCUGUGUGCUACAAACAAGUGCACACUUCUUCACACUGCUUUCUAACGUGUCUACUUUGGCUGCACUGAGUUGAUGUUGUUUCAAAUAAAGUCAUAAAUCAUAAUGUU